AGUGUCUUGUGAUACGGACGAGGAAAAUCAACUUACCUUUUUUCCUUAACUGGCUAAAAUCACAAGAACUAAAUUUAUCAUUCAUUUGAAAAGGGACUCAACGCACUGCUACACUGAGCAUAUCUCCGACUUUUCCGCCCUGGCCAUGCGAAAAAUAGAUGGAUGCUUAACUAAACUCCACUGAUUCCCAGAUUGCGAGUGUAAUUUUAUUGAUUCUUGCAACGUCACGAUUUACUAAAGAACUGCAGUGAGAGGAAACCUGUCUAGCUGUUGGUGUUUUAUUGACGUUUGACGUUGAGACCUUGCCCUCACUCUCACAUUACACCUCUUCCCUCCCCACACCUUUCCUCACCUUACCGCUUCUUUUAUUUGUUUUUCCCAGAACCUCAUCACCUCAAUUGUUCCCCCCUGUCUCACUCUCCUUCCUUUACCUUCCGCUCCGGCAGUCUGCCUCACCCUCCCCCCUCCCAUUCCUCACACUCCUCCUCCCCCUACCUCCCUCACUCAUCUUCCCCUCCUUCCAUCCCAAACCCGCCCUGCCUCUCACUUCCGGCCUCACCUCCCUCCCUCAUUCUCUCUCCUUUAUAAGUUUUCAGUUUUCCAAAUACUGUAGUUAAUAUCACACACACACACCAAACGUUGCUGAUUUUAUACUAACACUGGACAAUGAAGGAUAAACUCACCAGAAACAAAUUGCGUAUGGAUUAAACUACCCACCAUUGUUGUUUCUCGUCAAAGCGGCAACCAAACAACAACAGCAGCAACUUACACCAGCGUUGUUACCACACUUCCGUUACCACCUCUGGCAGACUGUGUUGUUCCCACUAUACACUAAGCCUUCGAGGAAUAUCUGUGGAGGUAAUGUAAGACUGUCUCCUCUGUGACCGACUCCCAAGAUGGUUGUGUUCCGUGGUGCUACGAUGAGGGCGUGGAGGGUGCUGCGGGUAAUGCGAGUCCACUGGAUGGUCUUGCUUGCCGUGUGUGCCAUAGUUGCUGUAAACGUCUUCAUGUCAUCCAACCACAAGAGGAAUAUACUACACGAUCAUCUUCAUCACAUUCCCUUGAUUGCCAGACAGUUCGAGUCCUCAGAGGUAGAAUUAUUACCGGGUCAAGAUCUGAAUUUGUCUGGCCAUUCAAAAGGUAUCCUUCCCAAACUUUUAUCUGUAGGUGAACAGCAGACACCACCUGCACCAGUUGUCAAGAAGGAACUUAGUUUUGGUGUACACGAGGAGGAGAACUCUGCAAGGGAAGUAAUAGAUCUGGAGGGUAGUGAAAGAGAGGGUAAAAUAGGUCAUUUAAUGGAUGUUGAUGCUGCAAAUGAGGUGAAUUCAGUUGAACCUGAGGUAAAUGCUAAGGGUGCAAAUGAUCCAUCACAACAAGGACAUCAUAGUGAAGUAGACAAUGAUAGAAACUCCUGGGCCAGAGAACACAACUGGAGAAAUCUUUCUGAACAUGAAAUAAAGAGUUUAUCUGUGCUGGGAAGAAGACAAUAUUUAAAUGAGAAGAUUGGUACAGUGAAAAAUAGGAACUUUACGAUUUUAGUUUGGAAAUCUGGCCCUAGUAUUGAAAGGCGCUUACUCAGAGAGUAUGGAACAAUAAAUAAAGACCCAUUUCGUAAAUGUUCUGUAAACAAUUGUAAACUGACUUAUGAAGAUGAGGCAGCAAAGACAGCAGAUGCCAUUAUGAUCCACCUCCAUCGCACUAAAGGGCCUCACACCUUCCCCAACCGCACUAAAUUAAGCCAAAGAUGGAUUUGGUUGACCGAUGAGAGUCCACACCACACCUUCAUGAUGGCUAAAACUAAGAAAAUGGUAGACUAUAAUGGUUAUUUCAACUGGUCGAUGAAUUAUCGGAUGGACAGUGAUAUUCCAGUACCCUAUGGUAGAACUAUUAAGAUGACCCCGGAGGAGGUAGCAAAUUUCCAGUAUGUUGACUAUUUUAAACUUCAUUCAAAAACUGUGGCAGCGUUAGGAUCAAACUGUGGAGGAAAUAACAAAAGAUGGCAGUAUGUGAGAGAACUGAUGAAGUACAUGGAAGUUGAUACUUACGGAGGAUGUGGAACACUCAAGUGCCCUGGACAUUUUAGAAAAGACUGUGAAGUUCUGAAGGAAUACAAGUUUUAUUUGGCAUUUGAAAACGGGGACUGCCAGCAAUACAUAACUGAGAAGGUUUGGUGGAAUGCCUUAGGUAAGGGAGCUAUUCCUGUGGUGAUGGGUGCAAAAGUUGAAGACUAUAAGAAGCUGCUGCCACCUGAAUCAUUUAUACACAUCAAUGAUUUCCAAACACCUGAACAUCUUGCCAAGUACCUGACGCACCUGGCUUCCCAACCACUCGAAUACAACAAGUUUCAUGCUUGGCGCUCUAAGUAUAAGGUAUUAAAUGAACAUGGAUACUUUGCCUCUGAAGUGUUCCACUAUUGCCGCAUCUGUGAAGCACUUAAUUAUAAUGAUCCAGCACCAAAAGUUUACAAUCAUUUGGAAGAGUUUUGGAACAGAGACACUCAGUGUUAUCUACAUACAUGGCAAGAUAAGCUCAAACAGUAUGAGUUAACAAAGACUUAGCCUCAGAUGUAACAUUGAAAAGUACAUACAGUACAGUAACAACUAUUUAUGUUACUGGACUUACUAAUUUUUGGCAGUUGUAAGAAAUUUACAGUUGUUAGUGAGGUAAAUUGUUUUAUAUCUGUUGUGAACUUUUCAUGUGUAAGGUUAGUACAGUACAGUAUUCCCUAAAUAAAGAAUACAGUACUUCUUAAAGAAAAUUAUAAUAAAGUGACAAAUUGCAAAAGUAUUUUGAUACUGUAAAAAUAUAUAUAUAAUAUUCUUAUAGAACUUGGAGGCGAGUGAGUAUUGAAGCUUCCUUUCUGCCAAAAAUCUGAUGAGUGAUUGUGACGUGUAAAGUUCGAGUGAACUGCUGCUAGACUUUGUUUCUGUAAAUGAUGGCUUCCCAGUCUUGUGACUACUCCAUUAAGAUUGUCUUUUGUUAUGGUUGACACGAUGUCUUUUGUUAUGGUUGACACGGUGACCUAAAGUUGGUUUGUAAUCUGGUUUGAAGCACAUUUAAUUUUUUGUGUUAAUAUUCUGUGAUAAAUACUGUACAUAGUUUGUGGCAUUAUGUCAAUAGGGCCAACUGUUAGUACUGUACAGUACAGUACAGUUCUGUACUAUACUGUACAGGGUACUGUAGUUUUGGUUAAAACUUAAUUUAUAUCUGUACAUGUGUUGCUAAGCAUAAUUCCUCUUGUUAUUUUGCUUCUGCACAAACCUGUCAGUGCAAGAAUAUGUUGAGAAAUAUUAUGUUUUGUGUCAAUGUUGAUAAUUUGUGUUUUCAAUGAAUUUAAGUUUUAGAAGAAAAUUGCUUGUUACAUUAUUAAACUUGUAAAUAUAGUUAUGUUAUCUAUCAAAACAUGUUUAAUUAGAAUCAUGCAUUGAAGAUGGAAUUUUCCUUUCAACAAAAUUUCCAAGAACAGUACAUAUACCUGUACUACUGUACAUGUACUGUAUUGUGAAAAUCCUCAACAUAUGAUUACCAAUAUGUCAGUCCCAUUUAAAGAACAUAGUCUUUGUAGAUUUCUUCCUGCUGCCUUGUUACUGAUUAUAAAUUAUUCAUAGCACCUCAGUUUUAUAGCAGUACAAUAUUGUAUUACCAGAUAACAUCAGAGCAUGAUAUUGCUAUGUCGGAAUCACUGUAAUGUGAGUAAUGUAGUAGUAGUACUGUAUAUAAUUUGUAAAUCAAAUCCACAGUAAGACAUCAAAGUUGACAGCCAUCAUCUUGUGUGGUUUCUGAUAUACAACCUCAGAUUUUGGUUAUUCCAGAUUGGUAUACAGUACCGUAUGUUUCAGCCAGACUGCCUGUAAGGGUUUUCAUCCAACAAUUUAUUUAUAUUGUAUUUAUGAUCAGCCUAAGUUAUAUUACCCUCAUAUAGCCUUCUGGUUUUUUUUUUUUUCAUACAAGUAUUAGGGAUAUACAGUGUCCUCAUUUAAUGUUGAGGUAUUUCUGGGAUAUAGUUUGGGUAGUCCUAUUAUGCCAUGUUGUAAUCCAUGUAUAUUUUAUUAGCAUUAGUCCAAACAGUAUGCACAGUCAUAGGUGACAAGCCAAGCAUUCUUCCAGUAUCAAACUACCUUUCUACACCUACUAGUAAUUUAUUAUCUAUUGUAUUAGUUUUCCUUGUUUUCUGGCUGAACUCUUUUGACUCAUGAUGCACAAAGGAUUAAUGCACAAAGAAUCAAAUACGUACUAUAAAUGCAGUAAAGUACCGCAUCUGUCAACCGAAAAUCUACUUUACAAAAUUAUCUAUUUCAUGAAAAAUUUUAGCAUUACGAAUAUUGAAAUUUAAGAAUACAGAAUACUUUUUCUUUACACGAACAGUAUUAUGCGAGAGUAAGUGAGGAGAAAUUGGACAACGAAGCAACUGGCUCAGUGACUUUGUGUACUGUAGUGGUGUGAAUGAUGAGUCUAUUUGUCUUCUUGUGAAUUUGAAAAGUAAGUUAUUCUACAUUGUAAAAAGGUAAUUGUAGGAGCAUGAUGACACACUGAAAGCUUGCUGUAGAUUUAAUAACACUGAGACUGUUGGAGAAUAAUGAAGUAAGUCAGUGCACAGUCAUUUUCAGAAACAAACAAAAAAGAAAAGAAAAGAUAAUAUAGUAAAACAAAACUUAUAUAAGAACAGUACUGUGGUUACACGCUUUCCUGGGACACAUUAUUCAUGAUAGUAUCCACUUCACAUAACUAUUCAUUUUACAGAAGCCUCUGGGUCCCAAACUUUUUGAUUGACAGAUACUUUACUAUACAGUAAAGUAUUUGCCAACAGUGUGUGACAGAGACGUGACUGAUUGCCCAAGCGGCUAACAAGCCAAUCAGUGGCGAAGAGGAUAAAAGUAAAGUAAAGUACUGUGAUAUAAAGUUAUGAUGAUGCAAUGUUUAAAGGUGCUCGACACACCACACGAGACAGUGAUCUACACAUUAAAAAGUAGUUACUGUACUUCUUAACUGCCCGAAAUUGUUUAGUGAAAAUUGGCAAUGUAAUGAAAUAUUGUCCGUAAUUUAUUGACUUAAAACUAAAACCAUGUUGAUUGGGACAAUUUUAAGUGACCGACCGCCCAAGCCACUAAUGAGCUCAUGAGUGGCGAAGAGGAUAAAAAGGGCUUACUGUAUUACCACCUGUUGUAACUGACAAAGUGUUUGUUCUAUUCUGUCUGUUUCUUCUCUUAGAUUAGAACUUAAGUCAAGCAACAGUUUUAUGACAUAUAUUCUUACCUAGUACCUAAAUUAUCUUCAAUUUUGUGACAAAGUUUUUUCUGUGCCACUUUGACCACUGUACAGUAAUCCACAUCAAAAAGCCAGUAAUAUGUAUACUGCCAUUAAAAUGUCUUACAGCAAACAUAAAAGUUAUGGUAUUGACUGCAGUAGUAAAAAGAAAACGUGCAUAACAUUCAAAGAAAAAGUUAAAAUUCUCCAAACACUGAAUUCAUCAUAUUGAUAUUACAUCUCGACAAAGUUAAAAAAAAUCUGUAAUAUGUAUCAACGAAGAAAUGAUUUUGUGGUCAUUAUAGAAGUACAGUACAAUAUUGAAUUUUUAAUGGAUGCAGCUAAUCCUCUUAAGAAAAAUUCCAUUGAGGAAACAAUGUUUUUUUUUUGUGGUGUAACUUAUAAGUUUGUAGCACAGAUGAAAUAAAUGGUGAAUUGAGGGUUAAAAAAAAUGAUAAUUUAAUUUUCUAGUCAAUAUAAAAUUCAGUGCAGUUUGAUAUACCUGGGUGUUAUAUGAUUAAUUUUGCAUUAUAUUUCAUUUAACUGCAGUAGUUCAGUGGAUACAACACUUGUCUCUCGUCCCAAGGGGUGCUGGAUUGCACCUGGUGCAUCUCCUGGUGUACUGGGGCUUAGUAUUCAUUGUGCUGUAUCCAUGCUGCUAUGAACAUGACAUUAGGGUAUUGGACCUGUUUUCACACAUUUUGGCUCAACAGAAAUAAUCUAGUGUACUGUAUGACAAGCUGUGUUUCUGAUUUUAAAUAUCUGUGAGCUAUAACUAAAAAUAUUUUAUAACUAAUGAAAACAAUUUUGUUUUUGUAAAAUAUUUCAAGAAUUCAGUCAAUAAUGUCAUUUUAUUAGUUUAAUAAAAUUAAUUUCGAUAAUCAACAAUCCUUGACAUGACUAAUUUUUAAUUCUACAUGUUGUCUGUACCUGCGUUGAUUUAUCUAGAAAAUUGCAGUCUGUCAUUUUUUACAGUAUUAUGGGCUAUGGGUUUGUGUAUGUCCAUUACAAAUGUGCUUUGUGAAAUUUAUGAUGUUGAACAUGCAUAGAGGGAAUGAGUAAAAUAUUUACAUCA